AUGUCGCGGGACCGACAAACAGCAGAAAGUUCGUCUGCUCCCGGAUCUUUCCGGAGUGCGGCACCUCAAAGUGCUUGUUAUGCUCAUCGGCCCUUUCGAAAUACUCCAAAAAAACAUCUGAAACUCCAGAAAUCAUUACCUAUUAUUGACAUUGCUAAAAUCCAAGAUGCGGAAUACAAUAAUGUCACUGUUUCAAAGCUCACAUCAAGUCCAAAUGUAAAGAAAAAAGAUUUGGCAAAAGAUAAUAAUGAUCCUAUUUCUAUACUGUCGCUGAAGACUUCGAAACGGAAAGUCUGUAAAUAUUUUGCUGCUAAGAAUUCGUGCUAUUUUGGAGAGCACUGCCGAUUUUUACACAUACGGACUGAAAAUAGCGAUAGCAAUUCUGAUUCUAUUCCAUCACAUGUCGGCCUUAAACCUGCGAGAUUCAUUGUACGACCAAAUAUAAUAAAAAUUAAUAGAGAUGAUAUUGGAAAAGAGAAACAAUUAAAUGUCCGAGAUUCUGAAAUCAGGUAUUUUGGUCGAAGAUUUCGUGACGCAAAGUUUACAAACGAAGGCAGUUCAUAUUUUACUGAAUUCGAAUACAAAAUCACAGAUCCUGAAUGGGUUUUCGAUGUAAAAUCUAUAAAACUACAACUUAGGAUUCCAGAGCAUUAUCCAUGCGAAUCAAUUACAGUGACUUUGAAUGAAUCAACUUUACCUCUUCCACUUGUUAAGUACUUCAACAAAGAAGUUAAGAAGUUCCUCGAGGAAAAGUUUAUGGAAGCAGAAAAAUGCAAUGCUUAUGUCGCUCUUGGCAAAACUUUUAUUCGUUGGUUAGAUCGUAAUAUCUUGGAAUUUUUUAUCGAAGGUUUGCGAAAAACAAAAGUGAUCAUUGAAGCUGAAAAGGAAGGCAUCAAGUUGCAUCAUGCGAGUUUUUCAGACUUGACCAAUGAAAAUGAAAAUAAUAAUCUAGAGAUUGACCAAGUAAAAAGAAUAGUUUGUGAUAAUGACGAAAUUAUGCAAGAUCGUAUCUAUGAUGGGGCAGAAAUUCAGCUUCCAUCCAGGAUAGGAAUCGUUACGGAAGAAUUUAACUCUGAACAACCAUCAAAAGUGAAAUUCAUUGAAGUCCGUGUUUUUUGGAACGAUUUGAGUGGAAACAUUGCUACAUUAUCUGUUGUCAUAAUGGCUAUAAGCAUUAGAU